CAGGCACGUACGCUCUGCCUCGUUCCAGCGACACAACAUCACAGCCCAGCCGAGAAACCAACAGCCGACAUGCGACACACAGACACUGCCUGUAUCAACCUUUCAGCUCAAGUCUACUCGAACCAGCACGAUCAUUCUACUACAUCUCAUCUCACUCUCAAUAAGUGCUCAUCAUUUCUCCUUUGGGACUGGCAGGUGACCCCAGCAAAAUCUCAUUCCUUCUUUGCCCCUCGGAGGCAAAUUCUCAAGAACAACUAAACCCUUUGAAUCUACACUCUUUUUUGUUUUGGUAUCGAAAAUUCUCAUGAGCAGCUCAAAUAAGCCUACACGAGCACAAGAACACCAAAAGUCUAAUCGACAGUUGCUCCCCAGAAAACUCCAGAAAUCAGAACAUGAGCCUCAAUACGCGCCCCUCGAUGUCUCCGACAUACCCAGGGCAGCCUUAACAUCAGUCGCGUGUAACAACUGCCGCGUCCGGAAAUCAAAGGUUUGUCCUGCUGUAUCAAAUCGCAUUGGUCUCGUAUGAGUAACGGGCUUCAUUAUCUCUAGUGUGAUGGCCGUAAACCAACAUGUUCGGCCUGUGCGAGCCGAAGACAGCACUGUGUAUAUCGUGCCGAGGUUUCUCAGGAGAAGAUGACAGAGUUGAGAAAAGGUUCUAAAGAUCUCUUUCAGGCACUAGAGCUCCUAAGGACUGCCCCCGAUGAACACGCUCAGUAUCUGCUAGAGAGAUUGCGCAACAGCGGUUCUGUAUCGGAAUUCUUGCAAGUUCUUGACUCGGGCAUCAUAAAGCCACCUUCACCAACAGACCCCUUAGCCACCAGUCUCGCGGGAACUUCAGCUGAUUCAGCAAUAGAGUUGAAUUUAAACAUGAGAUUUUCUGGUGUAUUCCCCGUACUGGAAACUCUUGACAUCAAGGAUGUAGAUCUUGGUCUACUGGCAGUUAACAAACGGGCCCUAACAUCUUCGAAUCAACAAGCAACAGCAGCGCCCUUGACAUCAUUCACACCAAUAGAAUUUGGUCAAAGAUCGGAAACGCCGACGACUUCGGAAUCUUUCUCGACUCCAAGCGACACCACUGGAGAUACUGGGGUUGACCCUCGACUCGAGUCUCUUCAAAUAUGGCAGUGGACUUCCAUACCUAUACCCGAAAACCUAGCUGCACAAGCAAUAUCUUUCUAUCUAGUCAACGAACACCCUGUACUAUCAUUUUUCGACGCCGAUUUAUUUAUUCGAGACUUGGCGGCAGGCGGAGGUCGCUUCUGCUCACAGCUUCUCGUCAGCUCACUUCUUGCUUGGGCCUGCGCUUCCUACUCCCAAUUUGAGCCACGAGCUCAAACAUUUUCUCUUGCGUUUUUGAGAGAGGCCAAGAGGCGAUGGAAGGAUUUAACAGACCAUACUUCCAUCACUACGUUAUCAUCAGCGAUGCUUCUUGUCCUUACUUGUAACCAGCAUGGCCACGACAAAGUUGGUCUUUUAUAUCUCGACGCCAGUGUACAAAUAGGUCGUGAGCUUGGUUUGUUCAGCGAUGAUGGAACAUCAGUUCCUGAUUUCAACGACGACGACGAAACAAGAACAGCAGCAUCAUUUGCCGCUUGGGGUGCCUUUGGCUGGCACAGUCUCCACUGUACCAACUUCCGAGCAAAACACCGGAUACAACAUCCACCAUCUUUACCCAUACCAGGAGAUGUAUCCGGGCCGCCCCUGAAUGAGCACAUGGGAAGCACAUUUACAUGGAUAUCCAAAUUUUGGGUCAUCAUACACCAAGCAUUUCGUGAAGGUUAUAACCAUUUUAGCCGUCUACCUAUGUCACACGCACAUCAGAUGUAUCAAAUGUUACUUGACUGGGCCAGUAUCAUUCCAGAGGACGUACAGAGGAGUGAAAACUGCCCCCACCAUGUUCUGGUAUUACAUAUUUGGUACCAGACAGCAGUAAUAGACAUGUGGCGCCCAUUUCUCGGCCGCAGAAGCUAUGAAGACGCUGGGGGAAGCGAACUCGCCACUGCCACUCACGAAGCAUCCGUCCACCAGCUCAAACGGCUUGUAUAUCUAUACAGGAAACGAUUCGAGUCAACGAACCUUACCAUGUUCAUCACCCCUGGACUUCUCACCCUCAUCAACGAAGUCUUUCGAAAUCCCGGCACAUCCGACGCUCAGUUUUACUUCAUAUUGGCGGCGCGUGGAUGCCUGUCGAUAGCAUCUUGGUGCAAGGGGCUCCUAGGUAUUACAGAAGGCCUGAUGACAAUAGGUUGGCAAAACGGAACCUUCAAACGUGAGGGAUGGACGGACAACAGCAUGAUUGAAGACAUCAGAGCUACAACACGGGCACUCAAUCAAGAGGGCACAUAUAGCAGCCUCUACCCAAUCAACCUCGAUUCAACGAGCGAGAGCAUGGACGACAUCGGCAUGGAGGCUUUAGCGGGUGAAUUCCAGAGACUGAGCUCACAAAAUGAGCCUACACGCGGGAAAGAAGUCGAGAUGACGAGUGAGCCUAACGUCUGGAAGGGAGAUCAGCGAGACUUGGACUUGACGUUGACUGAGGCGACGGAAGAGGAGAAAUACACUUAGCGAGAUCAUUGUAUGAUUGUUGAUGGGGCAUAUGAAGUAAUGAAGGAGCCUUGGCGAGCUGAGUAAUGGCCACUAUUUAUGGCGAACAUAGACUGGCUCGUAUGUAUAAUUUUGUAUACAGUUCAAGAUACCCGAUAUUAGUCGAGAGCGAGCGACAUUAUAUAUUCAUCUUGGUUAACUUGUG